ACGGCCGGACGGCGGCCUGGGUGUGAGCCACUGCCCGAGACACGUCGGGGUCGCGCCCCUGGGCGCCCCUUGGCCGGUGUCCCCAGCCCGGGCGUCCCAGCCAGCCCCGCCCCUCAGCCGCCCAGCCCCCGCCCUCGCUGGGCGCCCCUGGGUGACUUUGGGCCCGUGACUCUUCUCGGGGCUCCUCGCUUCCUGCCUGUCGCUCCCCCGGACCGCCAGGCUCCAAGGACUCGGGGUCCCGGGCCCCCGUGCUCCCCUCCCCCUCGGCGGAGCGGCGACUCGGGCGUGGGUAGGGCACUGUGGAAUUUACGAGAGUACCAGCAGAAAAAUAGUACGGGUGGUCUUCCAGAAGUGAAGAAGAAGAAGAAGAAGCUUAAAAAUGACAGCAGCCCGGAGAGAAGCCCCUCUGAGGACAGUCAUUCCCCGGAGGAUAUUCAGGACAUCCUGAAGGUGCUGGUGUCCGACCUUAACCGUUCCAAUGGGGUAGCACUCCCCCCAUGGGACAAGUGCAAGGCGCCCAAAGAUCGCACUGCUACUGCACCACCAGCUGCUGAUGACACUGUGCCUCCUGGCGGUGUCGCUUCCCCUGGUGCUAGUCUAACUAGCAUGGCGUCAACUCAGGAUAAUGAUGCUGACAGUGCUCCUGCCCUAAUGGAUGAGACCAGGACUUUGUCAUCAACUGAGAGCUUGAGACAACUUUCACAACAACUCAACGGUCUUGUGUCUGAGUCAACAUCCUACAUUAAUGGGGAGGGCCUCACUUCUUCUAACAUGAAGGAUCUAGAGAGCCGGUACCAAGAGCUGGCAGUAGCCCUGGACUCCAGCUAUCUAACAAACAAACAACUCAGUAACACCAUAGAGGAAUUGAAACAACAGAACCAGGAAACUCUGGAUCAAGUGGAAAAAGAGAAGAAAGAAUGUCAGCAAAAGUUGGCCAAGGAGCAGGGGGCUCUGCGAGAACAACUGCAGGUACACAUUCAGACCAUUGGGAUUCUUGUUUCUGAAAAGGCAGACUUACAGUCAGCCCUGGCUCACACCCAGCAGGCAGCGAGGCAGAAAGCAGGGGAGUCGGAAGACCUUGCUAGCCGCCUGCAGGCUUCCCGCCAGCGUGUUGGAGAGCUGGAGCGGACCCUGUCUGCCGUUUCCACCCAGCAGAAGCAGACGGACAAGCACAACAAGGAGCUGACCAAAGAGCGAGAUGCUCUCAAACUGGAAUUAUACAAGAACAACAAAAACAACGAGGAUCUGAAGGAGCAGAACUCCGAACUGGAGGAGCGGCUCCGUGUCCUGCUCAAAGAGAAGGCGACCCUGCAGCUGGGAACAGAGGAGCUGCAGAAGAAGUUGGAGAUGUCAGAGCUGCUGUUACAACAGUUCUCCAGCCGCACUGAAGUCCCUGAUGAGAACCAGCAGCUUCAGCAGGCCAUGGAGGAGCGGGCCCUCCUGGAGAGCCGUGUGGGACAGCUACUGGAGAUCCAGAAAAAUCUGCAGCUGGACAGAGACCGGUAUGUGGAGAAUCUGAAGGAAGAGCGCAACAUGUGGCAGGAAAGGAUGAAGCAGAUGUCUGCCCAGAUGUCCUUGCUGAGGGAGGAGAAGGAGCAGAGCCUGAGUCAGGUGCAGGAGCUGGAGACCAGCUUGGCCGAGCUCAGGAGCCAGAUUGUGGAGUCUCCUGCCCUGGAGCCCCCAGCGCUCCCUGCAGGGCCGUCGGAGACAGAGCAGCAGCUGCAGGCAGAGGCCGAAAAGCUGCAGAAGGAGCUGGCAAGCCUGGCGGAGCAGCUCCAGGCCCAAGUACGGGACAACGAGGGCCUGUCCCGCCUGAACCAGCAGCAGGAGCAGCGGCUACUGCACCUGGAGCUGCAGUCUGAGCUGUGGGACAACCAAGCCGAAGAGCGCAAGCAAAUCCUGGAAACCAUGCAGAACGACCGUACCACCAUCAGCCGGGCGCUCACCCAGAACCGUGAACUCAAGGAGCAGCUGGCCGAGCUGCAGAACGGCUUCGUGCGCCUGACCAAUGACAACAUGGAGCUCACCAGCUCACUGCAGUCUGAGCAGCAUGUGAAGAACGAGCUGGCCAAGAAGCUGGGCCAGCUGCAGGAGAAGCUGGGCGAACUGAAGGAGAUGAUGGAGCUGAAGAGCCAGGAGGCUCAGAACCUGGAGCAGCAGCGAGACCAGUACCUGGCCCACCUGCAGCAGUAUGUGGCCGCCUACCAGCAGCACGUGGCUGCCUACCAACAGCUGAACUCCGAGAAGGAGGCGCUGCACAAGCAGCUGCUGUUGCAGACACAGGUCCUGGACCGGCUGCAGCAUGAGGAGGUACAGGGCAAGGUGGCGAUCGAGGUUGCUCGCCAGGAGCUGCAGGAGACCCAGGAACGCCUGGAAGCCACCAGCCAGCAGAACCAGCAGCUGCAAGCCCAGCUGAGUCUCCUGUGCCUCCCUGGAGAGGGGGGUGAUGAAGAGGAGGAGGAGGAGGAGAUACCCCAGGCCAAAGUGACCAUCCCGGAGGAGCUUGAGAGCAGAGAGGCCUUGGUGGCAUUUUUCAACUCAGCUCUUGCCCAUGCCGAGGAACAGCAGGCCCAGCUACGCGGGCAGCUGAAGGAGCAGAAGGCACGCUGCCAACGCCUGGCUCGCCUGGAGGUGCUAUCCCAGAGGGAGCCAGAAAUGAGGACCUCAGUCCCCAACACCAGGGGUGACUACGUGUCUGGGGAGACCCACCAGGCCCUGCAAGGGUCCAUGGAGAAGCUACAGCACCGCUUCCGGGAGGUGAUGCAGGAGAAGGCGGACCUUCGAGAGCGUGUGGAGGAGUUAGAACAUCGCUGUAUCCAGCUCUCUGGGGAGACGGACACCAUUGGAGAAUACAUCGCCCUCUACCAGAACCAGAGGGCAAUGCUGAAGGAGCGGCAUCGGGAGAAGGAGGAGUACAUCAGCCGCCUGGCCCAGGACAAAGAGGAAAUGAAGAUCAAGCUGCUGGAGCUGCAGGAACUGGUGCUACAGCUGGUGAGCCAGCGCGACCAGUGGCAGAGCAGAUUGGUGGCCACAGUCCCAAGCCCUCCCAGUGAACCCACCCCUGAGGGCUCCCCAGUCCUCCCGGAGGCUGCUGCCCAGCAGGCUGAUCUUCGGGAGGUAAGCCUCACUGACCCCGAGGAGAUGGUGCAUGGAGAAGCCGGGGAAGAUGCUGCUGCCAAGAACCCCACUGCGCAGCAGAUCAUGCGGCUGCUGCAGGAGAUCCAGAACCCCCGGGAGCGCCCAGGCCUGGGCGCCACCCCCUGCAUCCCCUUCUUCUACCGGGCUGACGAACAUGAUGAAGUUAAGAUCAUGAUCGUCUAAACGCCA